UUCACUUUUAAACACAAAUUUUCAAAGAAAUAUCAACCGAAAAACAGUCGUUGAUAAUGUCCCGUACCGAGUGGAUAGCGUACUUUCAAAUUGUCUUGAUUUUUAGCACUCUGCUCCACAUCGAUGGUGCUUCGAUAUUGGACAGUUUAAAGCUUCGCCUGUUUCAAGCUCUCUCAAAGGCUGGCUUCACUGUCAAAGCGGCUUCCAUGACGGGCGAGAAUCUUGGCGAGGCAAUGAAGAACCUGAGCAAUGUGCCCCUUGGCAUUGGAAUGAUGAUCAACGCUCUGUUCGCGAGUGGAGCUACGGAAGAGAAGCCCCCAGAUGAUGAUCCAGACUGUGAAAAGGGAGGACUACCGUGUAAAGUCAUGUCUAUUUUUGGCUAAAAUUAAUGCUUCAUUGAAUGUAAAAUAUCUUAAACGGAGGGAUUAAGUUGCCCUAUAUUGAAAUGCAAAUUAUUUGGAAA